AUGAAAACCAGCAUCCUGCUUAUGUUCCUCUGGGGGCUGUCCUGUGCUCACCCGGUAACCAGGAAUCAGAAUACUGAAUCUGAGAGCUCUGAAGAAAGGAAGGGUCAUUUGGCUCAGACACCACCAUCACCCCUGGAGAGCAGUGAGUCAUCAGAUGAAAGUAAAGUUAGUUCAGAGGAACAGGCAAAUGAAGAUCUCAGUGAAAGUGCUGAAUCAGAGGAGGGCCUGGGACCGGGUGAUGGUCAGUAUAUUUAUAGACCAGCUGGCGGCUUCUAUAGGAGUGGAGGAAGAAAAGGAGAUGACAAAGAUGAUGAUGAAGAUGACAGUGGAGAUGACACCUUUGGUGAUGAAGACAAUGGCCCAGGGCCCGAAGAGGGACAUCAAGGAGAUAACACCAGACUUGAAAGUGAUGAGGACUCUUCUGACUCUACACAAUCCAGUAAAGAUAGCACCCCACAAGGGGAACACAGUGCCAGGGACACCAGCAGUGAGAGCAAGGACCUCAGCAAUGAGGAUGAAGUGAAGAGCAGGCCUGAGGGAGGGGACUCCAUCUACAAGAGUGAGAGUGAAGAGCACUGGGUAGGAGGCGUCAGUGAAGGGGAGAGUAGCCAUGGGGAUGGCUCUGAGUUUGAUGAUGAAGGAAUGCAGAGCGAUGAUCCAGACAUCAUCAAGAGUGAGAGAAGCCACUCCAGAAAGAGCAGUGCCAGUGUCAAAUCGAAAGAAUCAGCAGGAAUCAAUGAUGAGCAAGCAAGUACUCAGGAUUCAGAUGAUAACCAAUCAGUGGAGUAUCCCAGUAGGAAAUAUUUCAGGAAGUCCAGCAUUUCUGAGGAAGAUAACAGGGAUGAGCUUGGGGAUAGCAAUACAGUGGAAGAAAUCAUGAGUGACUCCACAGAAAACAGCAGCUCCAAAGAUGUUGGCCUCAGCCAAUCCAGGGAAAACAGCAAGAGUGAAUCUCAAGAAGACAGUGAGGAGGGUCAGUUCCAAGAAGACAGCCAAAGCUUACCAAACCUCAGCAGUGAAUAUAGUCAAGAGGCUGACCUCCCAUCUCAAGAACACAAUAGUGAAUCUCAGGAAGUGGUAGAGAGUGAGUUCAGGGGUGAUAACCCAGAUCAGAAUGAUUCCAGCCAUUCAGAAAUUGAUCAGGAAGACAGUGACUCCAGCGAAGAAGAAAACUCCAGUAAAACCUCCUCUUCAGAAAGUGAAUCCAGAGAAAAGGAAGCUGACAGUGGAUCCAGUGAGAGUCCAGAGACUACUGAGGAUGAAAACAGUUCCAGUCAGGAGGGUCUUCAGUCUCAGAGUCCCUCAGCAGAGAGCCUGAGCAAGGAAAGCCAGUCUGAGGAAGAUGAUGAAAGCAAUUCUCAGGACAGCAGUGAAUCCAAAGAAGAUAGCAGCUCUACUGAGAGCAUAUCAAGCAGUGAGGAAGAUGGCCGGUCAAAAAACACUGAGAUAGAAAGCAGAAAGCUGACAGUUGAUGCUUAUCACAACAAACCCAUUGAGGAUCAAGACGACAAUGACUGCCAAGACGGCUAUUAG